AUGAUAGCGGCUUUGCGCAAUCCUUUGUGCAAUAAUGGAGAAGCAUUGAACGGGCUUCUACCCGGACAAAAUUCCGAAAUAUCGCUGUUCGAGACGAAUAUUCGUUUCAUGGGAAGCCUGCUUGCCUGUUACGCUCUCACGGGGGACGUGAUGUUCCGGGAUAAGGCGGCGCAGCUUGGCGAACGGAUGCUGCCUGCCUUCCAGACGGAAACCGGAAUUCCUCAUUCCCUCAUCAACCUCCAUACCGGGGCCAGCAAGAAUUACGGCUGGGCGAGCAGCGGCUGCAGUAUCUUAUCCGAAAUCGGAACGAUGCAUCUUGAGUUUACUUACCUGAGCGAUAUAACGAAUAAUCCAGUGUUCAAGAGCAAAGUCGAGAACGUGAGGAAGGUCCUGAAGAGCUUGGAAAAGCCGAAGGGUCUAUAUCCAAAUUAUAUCCACCCGAGGACGGGGAAAUGGGGUCAACAUCACAUGUCGCUCGGCGGACUCGGCGACAGCUUCUACGAAUAUCUGCUGAAGGCCUGGAUUCAGUCGGGCAAGGAUGACGUUGAGGCGCGCGAAAUGUACGACGAGGCGAUCGCCGCUAUAACCGAGCACAUGAUCAAGACCUCGCCUGGCAAACUCAUAUACGUGUCGGAUUUAAAAUACGACAGGCUUGAACACAAAAUGGGUCACUUGGCCUGCUUUGCCGGCGGCAUGUUCGCUCUGGGCGCCAAAACUCAGGAAAACGAAUUGUCUGACAAAUACAUGAGAAUCGCCGCCGGUCUGACGAACACUUGUCACGAAUCCUACGACCGAAGCGCCACGAAACUCGGCCCGGAAGCUUUCCACUUCAUCGAGGGCAACGAGGCCAGAAGCCUGAAGAACGGCGAGAAAUAUUACAUUCUACGACCGGAGACGUUCGAGUCGUACUUCGUGAUGUGGCGGCUGACAAAGGAUCCGAAGUAUCGCGAGUGGGGUUGGGAAGCGGUUCAAGCGCUGGAGAAACAUUGCCGGGUCCCCGGUGGAUUCACGGGACUUAACAAUGUUUACCAGGUCGACUCGGCGAAAGACGACGUCCAACAAAGUUACUUCUUCGCCGAGACACUGAAGUAUCUCUACUUGCUCUUCAGCGAGGACGAUCUCAUAAGUCUGGACGAAUGGGUGUUCAACUCCGAGGCUCACGUGCUUCCGAUCAGAGGCAAUCCGUUCUAUCGUCCGGCGCCGGCCUUAUAAGUCGCGCGGCCAUGUGUCAGUUCGGACGAUACCGAUGCAAUUCUCGUUCGGCAGUGAUGAAAACGAAAACAAAAACUGUAGCGAUACACUGUGAAUCAGGGUUACGCAGUGACUAAUGAGAUUUCUUCGCAAUCAGCAAUCUUUCGCGUCAAUUGCUUUCUUUUUACGUAAAAAUAUCAUCACACUUACACACUUACGCAGGGAAAAAAAUGAACGCGAUGAUGAUGAUGAUGAUAACAAACAACAAGUGCUACACAAAUGCGUCUAGUUUUAUUUUUCACAUUUAAUUGCGUUCUCUUUCAACCGCGUCACGUCGAAGCGACUUUUCUGACUUCGUACAGUUAAACUGUACAUGAGACAACACAAAAGCGAUUUGUUUAUAUUUCAAAUACUCUGUGACCACAAUAAUAUUAAUUUUGACUCAUUGUGUAACAUAAUAGAAAAAUUGCGAGUUAAUUGACGAAGGAGAAUUAGUCUGUCCUUCGCAUUACAUUCGAUCGCGUGUAGCGCGAGCGAGACACAUAUAUUAAAUUAAAAUAAUUAUUUUAGGUAAAAGAGAGAAAGUGAGAGAGACAGAGAGAGAGAGAAAGAGCGAGAGAGAAAGAACGCGAGGAGAGAGUGAGAGUGAGUUAAGCGCGGUAUGAAAAUGUUAAUGAACGUUAUUUAAGCGACACCGUUUGUAAAUAGUAAAACAAAGAACACAAUAAAGAGAGAAUGAGAGAAAAUAUAUAUAAAUGAGAGAACGAGAGAAAUGUUACAUAAAAAUAUAGGGAGAAAAAACGUUUGCGAGUGUGAAUGCUUUGUUCCGUUUCCUUUUCCAGCCGCGACGCCGCGGUUCACCGAGCAUUUACAAAAUCCGCAUCAAAUAACGUUGUAGCUUUAACGUCCCUUAACAUCGCGUUAACAUUUUCUAAAUCUUGAGCUUAUAAAGUUGCGUUUGAAAUCUUUUUUUUUUUUUCCGUUGAUGUGUUUUUCUCCGAAACGCGCAUAAAAUCUGCCAGAAACACUCAAGACUGGAGAUUUUAUCACAUAUGUAUUUUUCGGAAAAAGAAAUUUAAUGUUUUAAUUUUAAAAUUAGACUAAAAAAAAAAAAAAAAAACAAUUAACUUAGAUUAAUCGACGCAAAAUUGUUAAGACAUUGUCCUUUUCCAGGUGUAUUUAACGAAUGUUUACGUCACUGUUUUGUAAGCGAUUUUUUACGAGAUUCAUUGCGUGCGAAUUCAGUGAAUUGUCGUUGUCAAUUGACUAACUGUGUGAAUUACUUUUAUACGGCUGAUUAUAUAAGAACUAGUUUUUCGCACUGAUCAUGUACACAUUGUGUUCCGUGACGCCUAAAGCCUCGAAAAUAAAACUGUCAGUCAAUCAAAAACAAAACAAAAAAAAAAUAAAAAAUGAAAAGAAAGAAAAAUAGCGAUAAACCUUUAGAGAGCUGGAAAACUGUCGAACCACCGUUUGAAAAAAAAAAAAAAAAAAAAAAAAAACCCCGCCCAUCCUGUUUUGUACCGCUAGCGUUUCACACGCGCCCUUUUCCCCGAUUUUUAUCGACGUCCUUCGAAAAGAUUUUGACUAUAUCCAGCAAUUGGGGGCUAUAUACGUCGGUCUCCAAUCUCUGUCCCCUUUCCCGCACACAAUCCUCCGAAAUUGUUAACGAAAAAGAAAAAGAGGAAAGUACGUGGAAACCACAACUGUUAUUCUCACAAUUGUGGCGAGAGGUGUGCGUGCUUUUUUGUAUGGCGAACAAAUCGAAAUAGAAAUGUCGACAAAGAGUUUUUCGCGGUUCGCGAAAAGAGAGAGAGAGAGAGAGAGAAAGAAGAGAGAGACAGCUCGCGCGAUCCGAAUGCGGCCGCUCGUUUGCGCCGAAAACGAGACGGCGUUGGUGAAUCGUCGUUGCGCGGAAUCACUCGCGCGAGUGAGCGUCGCUGUAGUUGUUAAAGCAAUUAGGGUAAACAGACGCCGCCGAAUUAAAAAAGCUCUAGCGGAGUCUUCAACGCGAAAGGGGAAGAGGGAGUUAGAUGUGUGUUGUAUAUAUAAAAAAAAGAAUUUUCACAGAGAAGAAAGUCAUAUUCUGUACGAGGAGUGCGAGAUUGCGGAGAGUAGAGUGAAAUUUUAGAAGAAAUAUAUCAUAUAUACAUAUAAACUUGUAUAGCGCUUGUAUUUGAAACUGUAAAGAAAAUUGAUUACGAAUGAAUUCGUCCAAAUCAGAAAUUCCGCAAGAAUUGACGAGAAGCGGUUAUAACAAGGACGCGCGCGUUUUACGCGACGUUUCGGGGGGGGGGGGGGGGUUGAAUUCGCACGGUCGGAAACGCAAUCGCGCGUGAGAGACGAGACGGAAGUCUCACGAUUUCAAUACUCAUGUUUACGUAAUAUCGUUUAGACAGUUGCGCGAAGAAACACAUUUUCUUUCCCCAGGUGAAUUCGACCCAGACGAUGUGUAGUAUCUCUUUUAUCGAACAAUCAACAUCGCACACUCGUCGCUGAUGAGAAACGGCCGGAAAGUUACUUAAUGUAUACAUAGCGCAGUUUCGCUCCCCGCGCGCUCUCUUACGUUCCUUACGGCAAGAUGACGCCUCGAAGACGCCCGUGACGCUUCGAGACGUCGUCUUCGACGCGGGCGCGGGAUAUAGAAGAAGAUAUAUAUAUAUAUAUAUAUAUACAUAUAUAUAUAUACAUAGAGAGAUUUAUAUUAUGAGAUUUACAUGCACGCGCGCGCGCGCGCGCAACGCGAAAGCGCGCGUCGCACUCACAUUUUACGUGAACGAUAAUAGCGACUGUGUGUGCGUUGAUGUUUUUUAACGCGCAAAAUGCGGUCGACAAACAAUCACUUCGUCGUUUUUCGUUUCACGUCACCGUCGGAUCUCCGAGAGGUCCGCGUGUUCUCUUCUACGUAACGUCUUGUGUUGCACGUGAAUGUUGUUGUAUUUCGACGAACGUUUUUUUAAACAUUGUUUAUACUAAAGCGCGUCCCGGAGAAGAGUCGCGCCAUGUCUAUCUCGACGUCAAUCAUCGCGUCUCUCGGGGAAAAAGUAAGUUUCUCCUUCUUGAAUUACAGUUGUUCACACAUCGCGUUGAUAGAUGCUAAGAGACAGAGAUAACUGACAAAUAUAAUUUUUUAUCGCGUAUUAUGUUAUAUAUAAUAAAAAAAAAACAUCAUAUA